ACCAAACCCCAAAACUCUCCGCAUACCCUCCCCUCCGUUGAAAUACCUCUACUCUCUCUCUCUCUCUCUCUCUCUCUCUCUCUCCGUUUCAGAGUUUGGUGAGCAGAAGGUAGUGGUGGAGUAGAACCUAGGGUUCCUACGUUGCACGAAAUCUCGGGCUCAAAAUCUUCUUUUUGAUCUUGUCCAAAUCGCUUGAUAACCGAUUUCUCGCCGUCGGCGGCUCCUAUUCGCCGUCUUCGCGCCGUCGUCCCUGUCUGAUCCAUACAUUUGGGGCGAAUUAUGGUGGUUUUCUCUGCCGACGUCUGUAGAGUUUCGGAGGGGUAUACUGUGAAUUAGGGAAAAUUUGAAGUUUAUCGAUUUAAGUUCUGGGGAAAUUUAAGGGAUGUAAAGAUUGUUGUAGUGUGUGUUGGUGUGUUGAGUGUAUAUGAGUGAUUGUGGUAUGUAUUGAGUUGAGGUGCGGCUAGGGUUUUGUAGGAGGAUCGGACUGUUUAUGAUUUUUAGUGUUUGAAUUAAGGCUAUGCAUAUUGAGGAAUUGAAGGGUGGGGAGGUGGGGUGUGGGGAAGAAGAAAAUUCAUCUGCUGAUGAUCUAUUUGGGAGAGGCAUUGUUGUGUCCGACGCAAAAAGAGCCUUGAUUGGGGCGGGGGCACGUGUGCUUUUUUACCCAACUUUGCUUUACAAUGUUUUGAGAAAUAAGAUUCAGGCAGAAUUCCGGUGGUGGGAUAGGGUUGAUGAGUAUUUAUUGCUAGGUGCUGUUCCAUUUCCUGCUGAUGUUUCACGCCUGAAAGAUCUUGGUGUUCGUGGAGUAAUCACACUGAAUGAGCCAUAUGAGACCUUGGUACCAACAUCCUUAUAUUAUACCUAUGGAAUUGAUCAUUUGGUGAUCCCAACAAGAGAUUACCUCUUUGCACCAUCAAUGGGUGAUAUAUACCAAGCUGUGGACUUCAUUUACAAAAACUCAUUAUGUGGGCGAACUACGUAUGUUCACUGUAAAGCUGGUCGGGGGCGCAGCACAACCAUUGUUAUAUGUUACCUGGUAAAAUACAAGCAGAUGGCACCUCAGGCUGCUUUUGAUUAUGUGAGGUCAAUCCGUCCAAGGGUGCUUCUAGCCUCCUCUCAGUGGCAGGCUGUCCAGGAAUUCUACCAUCUUACAGCGAAGGCUGGAGUGUUUGACCACAUGACCAGUGUAAUUAUGAAGACACCGAUGCCUGCAGUUGCACAAGAGCUUGUAGCAUUUGAUGAUGGCUCAGUUGUGGUGGUAACAGAAUCAGAUCUUGAUGGGUACGAGCAAACUCAUGAAUCAGGUGGUGUUGGGAGAGAGAUAUGGGCGGAUUUGAGUGUGGUUUACAGGGUUCGGGUUGCUGGUGAAGCUGCUCUCGCAAGAAUAUCAUGCUUGUGGCUUCGUUGCCGUGCACAAGAGCAUAAGAUUUCAAGAAAAAGUUUGAGCAGCGGGAGCAGCUGCUCCAUCAGGGCCGAUCAGCUAGGCAGCCUUAGCGUAGACAUACACGUCUACUGAGAAAUGCUGCUGAAUUUGCACAUAUAAUGUUGGUCAACUCUUAUAUUUUUAUUUCCUUUCUGGUGUAUAAAUUGGUAAAUAAACUUAAAAAGUGGUAUUGGACCAAAAACAUUGGGUCUUUUUACUGUUUUCUUUUGUGUCAGUUUCUGUUUUCCCUGUAAAUUGAGAUGUUCUUUGUCUUGAAUUGAAAUGGAUAAAGAUGAACGACCAAUCUGAGGCAAGCAAAUAUUUUUGCUUUCUCACGAGAAUGUUUUU